AUGGGCUGGAUCUGCGAAUGUGGGAAGCAGGUGGCCCAGUUUGGCGGCUGGGCCUUGCAAUGUGCAGACCGGAAGUUGCAGGCCGACCGUGCUAUGGUUCUUUCGGCAGUCCGCCGCGACGGCGCAGCGUUGGCCUUUGCCAGCCCGGAUCUCCAACACGAUGACGAGGUGGUGCUGGCAGCUGUACUCGAGUCGGGGAUGGCAUUGGAACACGCUGCUGUGCCCUUGCGUGACGAUGAAGCUAUCGUCCUUGCAGCUGUGCGAAAGCACGGUGCGGCCUUGCGCUUCGCUUCAGCGCGGCUUCGAGGCUCCCGCGAGGUUGUUCUGGCAGCCGUUCGCUCGGAUGAAACAGCCCUGACUUGGGCCUCAGAGGAGCUGCGCUCUGACAAGUUCGUGCGCCGAACUGCACGGCGCUGUGCGCAACUCGAGCGAUCGCGUUCACGUUCACGGAGCCUCAGCAGGCGAGUACUUCAGCAGGAUCUGGCUGAAUGA